GAAUUGAUAGUGGUGGUGACGUCAUCAAAGGGUACACUAUAAAGGCGGCAGGAGGCCGCCGGAGAGUCAGUCUCAACUGGACCUUUCUGCACUCAACAUGCACAAGAUGGUGAUCGUUUGGUUGUCUGUUUUACUUCUUGUGGUGGUUGCUAUGGCCGAUCCUGGGUAUGGUGGCUAUGGUCAGUACGAAGACUAUGGCCAAGGGCACGAUGACUACGGCCAUGGCGGUCGUGGUGGAUAUGGCGGUCGUGGUCAUUACUCCUAUGGCCGAGGUGGACGUGGCGGUCGUGGUGAUUAUGACUACGGAGGCUACGGUGAUUCGGACUAUGGAGGACAAGGUUAUGCUCAUGGGGGUUACGGUGAAGGUUACAGAGGAUACGGUGACUAUGGACGUUAUUGAUAUGGUCGUAAGGAAAACGCCAAGGAAUUUAUAAACCUUACAAAAUAAAAAUUCUUGUGCUUCUUUUGUGUUUAAUAAAACCCAAUUUUUU